AUGCUCACCACGUCUACAUCUCCUGCCACAUCUCGCAAGCGACCGCAAAAACCGCCUCCUGUAACUGACACUUGCGUACACAUGGCCGAGUAUCCUGCCUUCGCCGGCCUUCUCGGCCACACCGUGCAGGAGAUGUGUAUAAGAGACAGGAUCGCGAUGCGGAUCUUGUUGAGCAAAGUGACGCGGCCGUGGGUUGUGGACGAGAAGAAAGAUGACGGAUACACCGCCCUGCAUCUCGCAGCGCUUAACAACCAUGUUGAGUUGCUUGUGCGCGAGGGCGCUAAGCUGAACUUAUCCGACAAGGACGGAGACACGCCGCUGCACGAGGCGCUGCGCCACCACACGCUCGCUCAGCUGCGUCAGCUACAAGACCUGCAGGAUGUCGGCCAGACGCCCCUCGACCUCUGCCCAGACCCCAACCUCUGCAAGACGCUGUCUAAAUGCCUCAAGGAUAAGUCAGUCAUGGGAGGACCUCUGGACCAGCUGGAGGAGGAGGAAGUGUGUGAGGAGACCCUCGAUGAGUGCAUGGUUUGCUCGGACAUGAAACGCGACGUUCUCUUCGGGCCGUGCGGGCACGUCGCCACCUGCAGCGUGUGUGCUCCCCGAGUCAAGAAGUGCCUCAUGUGCAAGGAACCUGUCGCUACCAGGACCAAGGUGGGUGUGGAAUGCCUCAUGUGCAAGGAACCUGUCGCUACCAGGACCAAGAUCGAGGAAUGCGUGGUGUGCUCGGACAAGCAGGCCUGCGUGCUGUUCGUUCCAUGUGGCCAUAUGUGCGCGUGCACGAACUGCGCGACGCUCAUGAAGAAAUGCGUGCAAUGUCGCAACGUCAUCGAGAAAACGGUUCCGUUCAUCGUCUGCUGCGGAGGACAAGGAAAGAACAACGCGGAUGCUGCAAUGGCGUCCGCAAGCGCGUCGUGCAGCAGCCACAGCCCCAACAUAUUCUUGUCGUCCACAUCUCUGGCGACCCGAGGGACAUCGCCAGCAAACUUCUUGGCCGCCGCGGCCGGGCUGGUGACAUCAUCAUCAUCAUCAUCAUUGUCGCCUCAUAGCCACGCGAACCUUGUCGCUAACAUCGCUAGUGGAUCGUCGGCAACCGCAAUAGGCGUCGGAGGAAGCGCGGCUACGAUAAACAACGCUUCUGCCACCACGUCCAAUCCUUCCAUCCUGGCCACAACUGGCAAUAACUUGAUAGCGAACAGCCUUGGAGCUUUGCCGGCGACCAGCAACAUUCAGAACCCGAGUGUGAACUUUACUCUGGGAAAUAAUUUCGGCGGAUUAGCCAGCAACUUCAGCAGCAACACCGGCGGUAACAGUUGUGUGGCCCAGGCAGCAGGAGCCACAGGCGGGGCCUUGAUGAAUAACGGAUCCAGAGACAUGUCGGGCGGUGACAUGUCCACAGCAGACCUGCAGAAACUGCAGCAGCAGCUGCAAGACAUCAAGGAACAGACCAUGUGCCCGGUCUGCCUGGAUCGUCUGAAGAACAUGAUCUUCUUGUGCGGCCACGGCACGUGUCAGAUGUGCGGGGACAGGAUGGUCGAAUGUCCGAUUUGCCGCAAGCCUGUCGAGAAAAGGAUUCUUGUGUUUUGAUGUGCUGCAUGAGAAUUCGAACGCUAACGUAUUACUGUUGAAGUAAUAUUCAUGAAAAUUAUAGGUUUAGAUUUUAGGUACCCUUAUCUUUUUUUUGCCCCUACGUGGUGUAGAACUCUAGUGCAAUGAGAAAACAAUGGCAGUAGUUUGAAUGAAGAACAAGUGCGAAUUAAUAUUAAUUUGAGAAUUUUUGUGGUGGACGAAUGUAUUAGCAUGUAGGGUUACAAGUUAGAUGUUGCAAUUACCCCGCGGUCUUAAGUUCUUUUAAACACCAAUCAAAUGCUUUGAUUAAUAAUAAAUAAUCUCGAAAGAUCCAUAAUAAAUAGUAGUUGAAGUUACCUCAGAAAUUCUCACUGUUCACAAAUACCUACUAUAUUUAAUCUCCCUAGAAAAUUUAUAGAAACUGAUAGAAAAUAACGCAGCCAAGACGUCCUAAUGUAUGUAGAGCACAAUGUUUUUUCAAUCUUAUUGCAACAUUUACGCGAAUCGCAGUAGAACUGUCAGGAUAAAAUUAGACCAUCUUUGAGAGAGAAACUGUUCUCUAAUAGAUCAUUUUUGUGCCUCUGCGACAAACGCACAAAAGUCACCCGAUUUGCAUAUGCCAUUGAAUGUUACUAUUAAAUUUGCGUACCUCAGCAAUUGAUGUUUAAGUAAACGUUUCGAUCUUG